AUGAAAGGAGAUGCAGAUCAGGCAAAGGCAGCAGAUCUAAGGUUAUCGGCUUCAGGACGAAAUGCGCAUUCCCAACAAGUCAACAGCCCUACCAUCACCACAACUACUACUACAGAUGUUAUAUGUGGUUCGACCUCAGAUCCCGUUAAAGGAGGAGAAAAAAAACUUGGCAUUCAAAAUGAUGGUGAGUUUAGUCUUGAAGAUGAGGAGAAUCUUAAGAGCAAAGGAACACUACCAGUUAUUAACUGGUCUGCGGGUUCCAAGGAUUCGCUUCAGGAUCAGACUAAAAAUGGUACUUUUAUCAGCAAUUAUGAUGAAACAACUGGACAUGGAAGAGAUGAGUUAAUGAAAGAGGCAGAUCUUGAAACGGGAAACAAAAGGGUACCGGCCACCUUCCGUAAACAGACAAGAAAACAACGGCGAAAACAUAGACGUCGUCGUUCUCUUGAAAGCAAAGAACUUGGAGAUGACAAUUACAUCACCAAAGGAGAUGAGUUGAAAGAGGUAGAUCAUCUUGAAACGGAAAACAAAUGGGUACCUUCAAGUUUUGAUCUUGGAAGCCUCGAAGAAAAAGAACUGGGCAUUCAAGAUGAGGAGAAUCGUAAGAGCAAAGGAAGACUACCAGUUAUUAAUUGGUCUGCGGGUUCCAAGGAUUCGAUUCAGGAUGAGACUAAAAAUGAUACUUAUAUCAGCAAUUAUGAUGAAACAACUGGACAAGAAAGAGAUGAGUUAAUGAAAGAGGCAGAUCUUGAAACGGGAAACAAAAGGGUACCGGCCACCUUCGGUAAACAGACAAGAAAACAACUGCGAUCAAGCCAUAAACGUCGUCGUUCUCUUGAAAGCAAAGCAAAAGAACUUGGAGAUGACAAUUACAUCACCAAAGGAGAUGAGUUGAAAGAGGUAGAUCAUCUUGAAACGGAAAACAAAUGGGUACCUUCAAGUUUUGAUCUUGGAAGCCUCGAAGGCCGUACUCAAAGCCCAAUAAAGAACCAUCUUUUGGCCCAGCUGGCUCGUAAGGCGUCGUCGACGUUUUUACGUUUCAUUCCCAUCUGAAGGCAGCAGGGAGCGAGCUGUGAAAGAAUCAGAGAUCUUCGAUCGAAGAAGAAUUUGCGAAGUUGAGAACAAAGAAGGAGAUAUUGCCCACGGUCUCGAGAGGGCGCUCGUCGUCUUCUGCAUCUCGAGCUAACCCCAUGUUUCCUCAGUACCUCCGCCGAAUAGUCAAGG